AUGUGGUUUUUCUCGCUUUUGGCUUUAUGGGCCUUUUCCUUCGUCGCUGCCGCCGAUGAUAAGCUUCCUCAGAUCGAUAUUGUCGGCAACAAGUUUUUCUACUCCAACAACGGCUCCCAGUUUUUGAUUCGUGGUGUUGCCUACCAACAGAACCCAAUGAACACUACUGGCGAGAGCCAGGAUAAGUAUGUGGAUCCGCUCGCUGAUGGUGACGCUUGUAAGCGUGAUGUCAAGUACCUCGCUGAUGCUAAGACCAAUGUAUUGAGAGUAUACGCUGUGGACCCUACCAAGGACCACGACGAGUGUAUGAAGACGUUCGCUGAUGCUGGCAUUUAUAUCAUUGCUGAUCUUUCUUCGCCUGCUGAAUCUAUCAACAGAGACAGCCCUGCUUGGAACAUUGACUUGUACAAGCGUUACACGUCUGUGGUUGAUAUGUUUGCCAACUACUCGAACGUGUUGGGUUUCUUUGCUGGUAACGAAGUCACCAACAACAGAUCCAACACGGACGCUUCGCCUUUCGUUAAAGCUGCCGUUAGAGACAUGAAGGCUUACAUUAAGGAUAAGGGCUGGCACUACCCUGUGGGCUACUCGUCCAACGAUGACUCGGAGAUUCGUACCGCCAUUGGUGACUACUUUGCCUGUGGUGACCUUGACGCUAGAGCUGAUUUCUUUGGUGUGAACAUGUACGAAUGGUGUGGUGACUCUUCUUUCGAGAAGUCUGGCUACGAAACCCAGACAGAGCAGUACAAGAACAUGACUAUUCCCGUGUUUAUGUCGGAGUAUGGUUGUAACGAAAUCAGGCCUCGUAAGUUCACUGAAAUCGGCACGAUUUUCGGCGACAAGAUGACUGAUGUCUGGUCUGGUGGUAUCGUCUACAUGUACUUUGAGGAGGCCAACAAGUACGGUCUCGUGUCUACUGAUGGCUCCUCCGUGUCUACCAUGUCUGACUACUCGUACUACUCCAAGGAGAUGAACGAUGCUUCUCCAUCUUUGGCUUCUUCUGCCGAUGAGAGCAGCCAGGCUUCUGAAACCCUUGAGUGUCCUGCUACUGCUAAGACCUGGUCUGCUUCUCCAAGCUUGCCUCCUACCCCAGAUGAGGACUUGUGUGACUGUGUCCAGAAAUCCUUGAAGUGUGUUGUCGAUGAUGACGUCAAGGAGAAGGACUACGGUGACUUGUUCGGUGAAGUCUGUGGUGAGAUUGACUGUUCUGCUGUCAACUCCAACGGUAAGAACGGUACCUACGGUGCUGUCUCUUUCUGUUCCAACAAGGAGAAGUUGUCGUACAUCCUUAACAAGUACUACGAGGACAAUGAUGAGCACAAGUCUGCUUGUGACUUUGAUGGCUCUGCUUCGCUCGCUAAGACCCAAGAUGCUGCCUCUUCUUGUAAGGCUGUUGUUUCUUCCGUUUCCGCUCAUGCUCAGGUUACUGGUUCUACCUCUGGUGCCAGCGGUGCUGCUAACGUUUCUGGUUCUGGUUCCGGCAGCGGAAGCUCUGGUUCUGGCUCCAACUCCGAGUCUUCUUCCAGCUCUUCUUCUUCUAAGAAGAACUCUGGUAACCUUUCCGCACGUGUCAUCACCAAGGGUGAGCUUCUUGCUGUUGGUGCCAUGGUGAUGUGCUUCGUCGGUGGCUUCACCACUUUCUUUAUGUAA